AUGGAUCAUCUGUACAAAACAAAAGUGAUCAGUAAAUAUCUGAGGCUGGAUAAAGGAACUGAGACAGGGCACAUGGCUACUAUUCACGCUUUUUUAAGGCAAGAGCAAGAUGAGGAGGCAGAUACAGUUUUUUAUGGUCCUUCAACAAAUAACAAGAUAGAAAGAUGGUGGCGAGACCUGCACAAUAGAUUUGAAAGAUUUUUCAAGAGGCAGCUCACUAUGUUACUGGAACAAGGCCACUAUGAUCCAAGUGAUCAACCAGACAGGCACCUAUUGGCAUUCAUUUUUAUUCCUGUCAUCCAGAAAGAAAUGGAUAUCUUUAGGGAAACUGUGUGGAAUUCACAUAGAGUAAGGAGCCAAAAGGAUGCUCAGAUGCCUAAAGGGAUACCAUAUCACCUGUACUCGUUCCCUGAGCAAUACAAUGCAAAUGAGUGUGGUUUGCAAGUCACUUUAGAAGCACUGGAUGAGGUUGCUUCAUUAUCAGGUGUCAAGUCAGUUGUAGAUGACUACUUACCAAAAACUGUGAGAGAGAGCUGUGAACGAAUUAUUCCCAAUAUUGAUGGGGUGAAGCCAGCCGAGGCAGCAGAUGCCUAUCUUUUCUUAAAGGAGAAGUACAAAGAGUCAUCACCAUCAGCAUCAUCAUAAAAGUGCAUUUUAUUGUAACUUUUUUUCCUUAUACCGGUAGUUCAAAUGUGUAAAAAACAUUGUCCAACAAAUGGUCCAAGGACAAAGAACUACAGACUUAGUAACAUUCAUGGACGUUGUAAAAAAUGCCAGUGAUAAAAAAGAUUUGUUAUCUUAAA